GACGGCACACCUCCAUGCGCCAGGUGGACACCACGUUCGGGAAGCACCAACGCAAUUACUGGCUGCGUUACACUCCUCUCACCUCCAGAUGCGAGAGCUCAAGCCACCAUCUCGCAAGUCACUCGAUUUCCGGCGACCGUGCCUACUCGGCUGGCUCCUGUGAUACCCUGCCAGUCCAGCUCGAAUUGCAUUCUACGGGCCAGCUUUGGUGCGAGGGUAGAGGCGCAACAACAGUCGUCAGCUUCCAGCACGUGGAUCAUCACGCCCCAACACCGACGCGGCGCAUAAGUCUUGCUCCAAACGCAGCAAGCCCACCAUGGACGUGGUCCAGGCCGUCUCCGGCUACAUCACCAAGAUGGUGUCGGCCGGAGACAGCGCUGCAGCUGGGAGUUCAUCGGCCAAAAUGAAGCUGCUGCUGCUUGACAAGGACACAGUUCCCAUUGUGUCAGCCUCAGUGACACAGUCGACGUUGCUGAGCCACGAAGUGUACCUCACAGACCGUCUGGACAACCCAAACCGGGAGAAGAUGAGGCAUCUGCGCUGCCUCUGUUUCGUGCGCCCCUCCCCGGACUCUAUCCAGCUGCUCAUCGAUGAGCUCAGAGACCCCAAGUACGGCGAGUACUAUCUGUAUUUCAGCAACGUGGUGAAGAAGUCGUCCCUGGAGCGGCUGGCCGAGGCGGACGACCACGAGGUGGUCAAGAUUGUGCAAGAGCAUUUUGCCGAUUUCAACGUCAUUAACCCGGACCUCUUCUCACUCAACUUCACACUUCCCCAACAGCGCGUAUGGAGCGGCACACCAGACAUGUGGAACAGUGAUUCACUGCAACGGUCGACAGAGGGAAUCCUGGCUGUGCUGUUGGCCCUCAAGAAGAGGCCUCUGAUUCGGUACGAGAAGAACAGCCUGCUGGCAAAGAAGCUAGCUACCGAAGUGCGAUACCACAUGACACAAGAAGAACAAUUGUUCGAUUUCCGCAAGGUCGACACGCCCCCAUUACUACUCAUCUUAGACAGGAGAGAGGACCCAGCAACGCCAUUGCUUAAUCAGUGGACAUAUCAGGCGAUGGUCCAUCAGCUUCUCGGGGUACGGAAUGGUCGAGUGGACCUCAGCGAUGUGCCAGACAUUCGAGAUGAGCUCAAGGAGAUAGUCUUGUCCCAAGACCAGGAUCCGUUCUUCAAGAAGAACAUGUAUAUGAACUUUGGCGACCUCGGUGGCAACAUCAAAGACUACGUCGAGCAGUACCAGUCCAAGACAAAGAACAAUGCCAACAUUGAGUCCAUCACCGACAUGAAGCGCUUUAUCGAGGAGUACCCUGAAUUCCGAAAACUAUCGGGCAAUGUCAGCAAGCAUGUUACGUUGGUUUCAGAGCUGAGUCGGCGCGUGGGCGAUGAGAACUUGCUGGAAGUGAGCGAGCUUGAGCAAAGUCUUGCCUGCAACGACAACCAUUCAGCUGACCUGAAGAAUGUGCAAAGAAUGAUUCAGUUACCAAACGUCACACCCGAGAACAAAGUUGGGUUGGUCGCGUUAUAUGCACUCCGCUACGAGAAGCAUCCAUCGAAUUCCCUGGCUAUGCUUGUCGACCUCCUAGGUGCUGCCGGAGGCGUCCCUGCAAGACAAGCGGACCUUGUCGCGAAGCUGUCCUUCUACCACAGCUCACUACAACAGUCACAAGCCGCCGGAGGAAUCGCGGACAUCUUUGAAUCUGGCGGCAUCUUCUCAGGAGCACGGGCGAUCAAGGGGCUGAAGGGUGUCGAAAAUGUCUACACACAACAUUCGCCACUUCUGGAGACGACUCUUCAGAAUUUGAUCAAAGGCCGGCUGAGAGACCAGCAAUAUCCGUUUGUGGAGGGAGGUGGCACAACAAGAGACAAACCCCAGGAUAUUGUGGUGUUCAUUAUUGGCGGCGCAACGUACGAGGAGGCUAAGACGGUAGCGGCGCUGAAUGCCAACUCGCCGGGCCUGAAGCUCAUGCGUCAUAGACCAUUCGAUGUCAUUGUGGUUGGCGGCGGCCACGCCGGCACCGAGGCCUGCGCAGCGGCUGCGCGAUCCGGAGCCCGAACAGCUCUCAUCACCCCCAAGAUCGACAACCUCGGCGUGUGCUCAUGUAACCCCAGCUUCGGCGGCAUCGGCAAGGGGACAAUACUACGGGAGAUUGACGCCCUCGACGGUGUCGCUGGGCGGAUAAUCGACAAGGCUGGCGUGCAGUUCCGGGUACUCAACCGUAGAAAGGGCCCCGCGGUGUGGGGUCCCAGAGCGCAGAUCGACCGCGCACUAUACAACAAGCACAUGCGCGAGGAGCUGCAAACGUAUCCGAACCUGUCGAUAUUGACAGGUAGCGUAUCAGAUAUCGUGUUGGGAGAAGAUGCAGAUGCGACGGGGCAACCACGAAGCAAGAUCACAGGCUCCGGCGAAAUAAUACCCACGACACAGGUCAUCAUCACGACAGGGACUUUUUUGAGUGCUGAAAUCCAUCUUGGCCUGGAGACGUGGCCGGCAGGGAGGAUGGGCGAGCAGGCCACGUACGGCUUGAGCAAGUCUUUGAAAGAUGCAGGAUUCAAGCUUGGGAGGCUGAAAACAGGAACGCCGCCACGACUGCACAAGCGCAGCAUAAAUUUCGACAUACUCGAGAAGCAGCCGGGUGAUGACCCGCCUAUGCCCUUUAGCUAUCUCAACAGCGCCGUGUCCGUGCAGGAGCAGCUGAAUUGCUGGGCGACGUACACAAACGACAAGACCCACGACGUGGUCCGCGAGAACCUGGACAAGACGAUACAUAUUCGCGAGACUUCCAAGAUUAUCCGCUUUGGCGACAAAGACAGGCACAUUGUCUGGCUCGAGCCAGAGGGCUUCGAUAGCGACCUCAUCUAUCCGAACGCGGAGGCACAGGAGCAGCUGCUGCGGACUAUCCCUGGCUUGGAGAAUGCUGGAUAUGGCGUUGAGUACGACUAUGUCGACCCUCGCAGUCUCAAGGCCUCGCUCGAGACAAAAGCAAUUUCGGGGCUGUACUUGGCUGGCCAGAUCAAUGGCACUACGGGCUACGAAGAAGCAGCCGGACAGGGUAUCAUUGCGGGUAUCAACGCGGCCCAGAACCAGGGGCCGAUCCCAAUCACGAGAGCAGACGGGUAUAUUGGCAUCAUGAUCGACGACCUCAUCACCAAGGGCGUCUCGGAGCCAUACCGGAUCGAGUACCGCAUGUCGGCGCGCGCGGACAAUGCGGACCUGCGACUGACGGCCAAAGGGCGUGAGCACGGCGUCGUGACGGACAGGCGGUGGACCAAGUUCACCGACGACAAGCAGCAGAUGGACGACCUGCUGCGAAUCCUCGACGACUUCCAGCUCAGCACGAAGGCGUGGAUCAACGCGGGCUUCUCGCCUAGCAUGGACCCGAAGCCUCGCUCGGCGUCAGACAUCCUGCGGGUCCCGCAUGUCAAGAUGUCCGAGCUCGCGGCCAGCGGCCUGCUGCCGCAGAUCAGCACCUUCCCGGAGUCGAUCCGGGAGCGCGUGGCCAUCGAGGCCGUCUACGCGCCCUACGUGGACAAGCAGGCCCACGAGCAGGCGCUGUUCCUCAAGGACGAGAAGCUCCGCCUGUCGACGGACCUCGACUACAGCCAGGUGUUUGGGCUCAGCAUGCACGAGCGCAGCGUGCUCGAGGCCACGCGGCCCGAGAGCAUCGGGCAGGCGCGCCGUAUCGAGGGCAUGACCCCUGCGGGCUGCCUGCGGCUGCUGAGCCACGUGAACCGGGAGCGCGGGGCCGUCCGUCCCAACGAUGAGGAUUUGGGGGAUAAUAAGGGUCUGGCGUACUAG